AAUUGACAGUUUGCGACUGCGCGCAAAGUCCGGCAAAAGUGUUUCUUGGGUGAAUUUUUGUGAAUUAUUUUGUGGAUUUUGUGGUUGAAAAACUGAAUAAAAGUGUGUAAAAUUGUUGCUGUAGGCCAGCUGCAUUCAACUAUUUUGUGCAUCUUUGGGGUUUUUUUUGGUUUGGGGGUUGCUUCCUUCUCGCACAUCCGGAUGUCAUCAAGUGGACCGGUGUGUUUUGUUGCUCCUUUUCACAUAGACUUGGCCUUCCUCACUGUUUCUCCCCCAAGCACACAAAAAAGAGCCUUUUAGUUGAGAAAAUUAGCGAUGGACGAUUCAUCCGUGAGUAAAUCCAUUGAUAUUCAUCAAUACAUUGAGAGCGUCCGAGAAAGUCUCACGGAAGCCUGCAGUGCUCUGGAGAAGAGCAAAGAGGGCAAGAACAGUGACGAAUCAGUGGAAGAUCAAGCAGAGAAUCUGCUAAAGACACUCCUGGAAGUGCAGACAAAAGUCACAGAAACCAUCGACAGAGCCAGAAAUUCCGUAAAGAACAGUGUGAGCGAGUGGAAGGGACAGAGCAGCAUCAAGGCGGAGUGUGAGGAUACAGUUGAGAGUGAUAAGCCAAAAAUUCGAUUGGUAGCUCUUGAGAAACUCCAAGAUCCCUCCCUCCUGUCAAAUUCCCGUGCAAAGCCCCGUGUUAGGCAGCGUCCACCACCGCGUCAGCUCAAUAAAAGUUCCAUUGUCAUCUCGGAUUCGAGUGACGAUGAACCAGUGAAGAUUCCACCGAAGCCUGCUAAAGUUUACCCAUCCCAAGAGGUCAUUGAGCACGCUAAGUGUGUCAAAGUUCAAGUACAAUCCCUUUCCGAAGAUCUCUCAGCGAUUAAGCGUCAAUCAAAGGUCAGUGAGAUCAGGAAUAUUCACGGAGUGGUCAUAGAGAAUCUAGGAGAAGCCUCAAAGGAGCCCAUAAAGCUCAUUAUCAAAAAGCCCACUCCCUCAGAAAUGGACAAGGGCAAGGCUAGGGAGAAAUCGGAUUCCGUGGAAGAAGCCACUGGGAGCAAGAAGAAAACCCGAACGAGGAAUUCCGAAGAGGAUUUCCUGCCGGAGGAACCACGGAAGACCCGUACAGAGUCCAAAAGUUCCGAAGACAGCAUCCCGUUCAAACGACCAUCCAGGAAGAAGACCCGGAUAGAAUCCAAGGAUUCCGAUCAAGAGAAGGAAUCUGACGAAGAUAUCCUGACAGACAAAGAGUCCGACGAGGAACCAAUAUCCUUCAAGAAGAAGCCAUCCAAGUAUUCCGACGACGAAGACUACCAGGAUGCCGUUGAAAAUCUCAACAGCGACUCCGAAGCCGAUGAAAAGGUCAAUGGGAAUGCCGACAAGGGCGAUAACAGUGAUAACAGCACAGACAGUGAAAUUAUCAUCAAUCCCAAAAAGAGGAAACGAGCCCAAUCCAAUUCCUCCAAGGAUUCCAUGUCUGAUGAUUCUGACUCUAAGUCCAAAAAUACCCGAAAGAGGCGUAUUAAGCGCCCCAAGAACAGUGAUUCGAGUGAUGAUGAGAAGAAUGAGAAAGGGGAUAAGAGCAACAAGCGCAAGAACAUCAGGAAAGUGAUAAAGGAUACUGAUCUCGAGGAGGACACAAAAAAAGCAGCAAGAGAGGAGUCCGAGAGGAAGAAGAGGAUCGAGGAGCGACAGAAGCUGUACAAUUCGAUAUACGAGGAGAAGGAUGAGGUGAAAGAGUUGGAGAAAGUGGUGCUUGACUUCGAUGAGGAAUCGAAGGAGGAGCUCCUUUCAGUUCAUCCGGCUUUGGUGAAGAAACUGAAGCCUCACCAGGGCACUGGGAUAAAGUUCAUGUGGGAUGCGUGCUUUGAGACGUUGGAGAGGACAAAGAACAGCGAGGGUUCAGGGUGUAUUCUGGCCCACUGUAUGGGUCUGGGGAAGACACUGCAGGUGAUUGCACUGACGCACACUCUGCUGACGAAUAGCGAGGAAACGGGAGUGAAACGAGUCCUGGUGAUUUGUCCACUGUCCACGGUCCUAAAUUGGGUCAAUGAAUUCCAUAAAUGGCUGGAGGACAUUGAAGAUGCAGAUGAGAUUGAUGUCUACGAACUGUCAAAGUUCAAACAGAAUAACGAACGAGGGAACGUUAUCAAACAGUGGCACAAUGGAGGAGGUGUUCUUGUGAUUGGAUAUGAUUUAUUCAGAAAUUUAUCCAAUGAAAAGAAUCGCAAUAUCAAAAAGAAAGCCAGAGAAGCUAUUCAAAUGGGAUUAAUCACUCCCGGACCCGAACUCGUUAUUUGCGAUGAGGGGCAUCUCUUGAAGAAUGAGAAGACGUCUAUAAGCAAGGCCGUCAACAAAAUUCGUACACUCAGACGAAUUGUCCUCACGGGGACACCUCUGCAGAAUAAUCUCAAAGAAUAUUACUGCAUGGUGCAAUUUGUGAAGCCUAAUCUCCUAGGAAAGUAUAUUGAGUACAUGAAUCGCUUUGUGAAUCCUAUUACAAAUGGACAGUAUAUUGAUUCAACGCCAAGAGACAUCCAAGUUAUGAAGAGACGAUCCCACGUUCUGCACAAAAUGCUCGAUGGGUGUGUUCAGAGGCGAGACUAUUCCGUAUUGGCGCCUUUUUUGCCGCCCAAACACGAAUACGUCGUGUUCAUAAGACUGACGGAGCUGCAGAUAAAAUUGUACAAGUUUUAUAUGGAGAACAAGGCCAGAAAUUCAGAAGAGGGACAGUCUAAGAGAACAUCAAUUCUCUUUGCUGACUUCCAAAAUUUGCAGCGUAUUUGGACGCAUCCUCGCGUUCUGCGCUACAACAGUGAUAGAUACGAAGUUAAUCAGCAAAAGAAGCGUGAAAUGUAUGACGAUGAAGAGGAAUCUGUUGGGUCCUUGAAGGAUUUCAUUGAUGAUGAAUCUUCAACAUCUUCGUCAAGUGACGAAGAAAGUGGGUCUAGUAAAGGAUCAGACGAGGAGAAACAGCCAGUCAAGAGACUGACGAGGACGGCAAGAACUAUCACAAAUGAGCCACUCUUCACGCCGUCUGUCCUGGAACAGACAAAAAUGGAAAAUCCCACGGAAUGGUGGGUUGAUAUGGUUCCGGAAGCAGAUUUGGAUAAUCUCAAAGUGUCCGGGAAGUUGAUGUUGCUGUUUUCAAUUCUGGAGGAAUGCGAAGCCAUUGGAGACAAAUUGUUGGUGUUUUCGCAGAGUCUCUUUUCCCUGGAUGUCAUUGAGCACUUCCUGGCACUUGUUGAUGACAAUGAGCAGGCCAAGAAGAGUAAUCCCCUUCUGGCGGGAUUUGCAGGUUCAUGGGCACUUGGAUUGGACUAUUUCCGGUUGGAUGGUUCGACGACGAUUGAAAACAGAAAUAUCGCUAUAAAAGCGUUCAAUCGCGUGGACAACCAUCGUGCCAGGUUGUUCCUGAUUUCCACGAAGGCUGGAGGAUUGGGAGUGAAUCUCGUGGCAGCAAAUCGUGUGGUGAUUUUCGAUGCUUCCUGGAAUCCAUCGCACGAUGUCCAGAGUAUAUUCCGUGUGUAUCGUUUUGGGCAGGUGAAACCCUGCUACAUCUACAGGUUCCUGGCCAUGGGAACGAUGGAGGAGAAAAUCUAUGAGCGGCAGGUGACAAAGCAGGCAAUCUCGAAGCGUGUGAUCGAUGAGCAGCAAAUUGAUCGGCACUACAGGGAGCACGAUCUGAUGCUACUGUACAAGUAUGAGCUGGAACCAGAGGAACCCCGGGAGACGCCAAGAUUGCCCAAAGAUCGUCUCUUUGCUGACAUGCUGACAAAGUAUGAGGAUGUCAUAUACAAAUACCACGAGCACGAUUCGUUGCUGGAGAACAAGGAGGAGGAGACACUGAAUGAGGAGGAACGCAGAGCGGCCUGGGAAGAAUAUGAGAAUGAAAAGAAGCGUGCUCCGGUGAUUAACUACGGAAUGAUGAAUGCUGGAAUGGCCAUGGGGCAGUUCAAUGCGGGAGCCUUUGGCAGGGCAAACAUGGCAGUCACAUCAAAUAACUACUUUGGCUUCCGCGGAGACAUUUUCCUGCGACUGCUUGACUACAAGGCCAGACAGGAUCAUCCGGAGUUCGAUGAAAUGGAGAUCAAACAGCACAUUCCAAUUCUCGUGCAGCAAAUGUACAAUGAAGUAUCCAUUGGGGACAUGACGACCUACAAUUCGCUGAUUCUGCUUCAGCAGGAUCUUGUUGAUAGGUCACCGAUGGUGCCCAACAUUUACCAGGGUCACAAUUCACAUUAUACAGGAGGGUCUUCGGGCAGCAUGGUGAUUAAUCCCUUCCACUCCGGUCACAUGUUGCAGAAUCGUCAGAACUAUAGACAGAAUAACCAACUGAGAGGAAAUACCCUGACAUCGGAUAAUGGGGUUAUAAACAUAGAUUAAGGUGAAGCUCUUUGAUUUUUCUUACUACAGAGGACUUCUUUGUUUCUUUGACUUUAUGCCUUUUUUGUUUUGGAAAGAAGAAAAUCCUUAUGUCCCUUUUGGAGCAUUAAUUUUUUCCCUUUCAACAACAAUUUCUUUUUUUUUUUUUUUGGGAGGUAAAAUAUGCCUUUCAGGUUACAAAAAUAGAUUUAGCCUCGCUGGUGGAUUGAGUGCAGGGAUUUACGAUGAAAUAAUUAGAAUUUACCUUUAAGUUUGGAAUAAAUAAAUUACCAGUUUUCAAACUUGGAAAAACUUUCAGUAAAAUAUUGGAGAACACAAUUUUAAAGUUACUACAGUAACGUGCACAAUUCCACUGACACUUUGUCAGCGAGGCUCUUCAAAAGUUCUCAUAUGGAAAAUUCAAUUUAAAAACAAUUGGUUAGUUUUUUUUUUUAAUUCUUGUUAUUGAUUUUAAAUAAAACCAUUUGAUGCAUCAAUUUCUAGAUGAAGACUUUAGAUAUUUUUUCACAAGGAUUUAAGUAGAAAUAAAGAGAUGUAGUACAGAGAGAUGAAAAAAUUCAUUGUAGUUAAUUUAAUAAAUUAUACUGUAAGCGUAAAUAAAAUGAUCUUGACAGUAAUUAA